AUGCUUUGGCCUCUCUUUGUCCUGGUGGCUGGUGCCCAUGCUCAGCUUUGUAAACCAGAUGCAGAGAACGCUUUUAAAGUGAGACUUAGUAUUAAAACCGCCCUGGGAGAAAAAUCAUAUACCUGGGACACAAGUGAAGAAUAUCUCUUCAAGGCGAUGGUGGCUUUCUCCAUGAAGAAAAUGCCCAACAGAGAAUCCACAGACAUUUCCAAUGUCCUACUUUGCAAUGUAACCCAGCGAGUGUCUUUCUGGUUUGUGGUUACAGACCUGACGAAAAACCAUACCCUGCCUGCUGUUGAGGUACAGUCAGCCAUAAGAAAGAACAGGAACCGGAUCAACAGUGCCUUCUUUCUGAAUGACCAGACUCUGGAGUUUUUAAAGAUCCCGUCCACUCUUCCAUCAUCCUCCGAUCCGAUGGUGCCCGUCUGGAUCAUUGUGUUUGGUGUGAUCUUUUGCAUCGUCAUCGUUGCCAUCACAUUGCUGGUUUUGUCUGGGAUCAGGCAGCGCAGAAGGAAGAGCAAGGAGCCCUGCGAAGCAGAAGAUGCCGAAGACAAAUGCAACACAGUGAUGGCAGUUGAAAACGGCAUCCCCUGCGAGUCCCUGGACACGAAGGAGGGGUGUGUCAACGAAGCCUUCGUGACGGAGAGCGAGCGCCUCACCCCACUCUGA